GUUGACGACUCGGUAAUGCGUCAGAGAGAUUCAGAGACAUUGCAGAAAUUGGAAGAAGAAGAAGAAAGAGAUGUUGAGAACUCGCCUUCUCUGGUUUACGCUUGGUUUUUCCGUGACCGGAGGUUCCAUUGCUCAUAUCGUGUGGCGUGAUCUCUAUGCCGAACGUUUCGCUAUUUCUUCUGAUAUGAAGGAGAAAUUCAGUGCUCUGGAAGGUAGAGUAUCAGGUUUGGAGUCUGGUGGUUAUGAGAACCCGAAUCCAGCUCAGGUUGAGAGUUGAAGACUCCUGCAAGUGGUACCAGCGCAAAUUAAUCAAAGACUUGGCUGAUGUGUGAGAGAGUUACGAUCUUCUCUUGGAACUUCUAAGAUGCUUGGAAUAAUCUUCUGAAUAGAAAACUUUUCGUUUUUGUAAACUGACUUACCUUUUGACUCGAGAUUUCUUCUGUAAGCUACGAGCAAGACUUACAUUUGUGUUACAAAACAGUCGGCUUUAUUAUUACAAGAAAUGGUUCAGUACUUUCGUUUCAUUCU